ACGUCUGUAUUUGCACAAAUUAUGUUUUUUGACGGCUCGGCAAAAAGUAAGCGGGACGUCUCUUUAGGCGGAAAGACGAGAAAACAAGUGGCACGUACUGAUUUGCUGAAGAACGCGCAAGAGGAGAGGCGACGACGAGAGGCGAUGAGAGAGAAGUCAUUGAAUGCGAGUAGAAUUCAAGCUGGCUAUCGAGGCUAUUGUGUACGAAAACAUCUGCAAGGCAAGCAACGUUGCCAGUUUGAUAGCAAGAUCAGUGAGCUGCAAGACGUCUCGUUAGAUGACGAUGUGUCUGACUUGGUGGCAACACUUACACGACAGCUGCUGUGCUUUUACACGAAUCAGAAUAAGACUGAUAAACACAGAUUGUUUCUAUUGUGUGUCGGCUACAUUAAACACAAGGAACGUCUGACGACAUUUUCAGACAUCAUGAUCUACAGACUGAAGAAACUCGGUGUUACGUGUUGCCACGUUGUGUCCGCAAUCACUGAUUGGUCAGAUGCAUCGUCGGUAACAAUGUUUGCUAUGCUUUUAAAAAUGUUGGAAUUGAUAUCUGGGGUGAUGUUGUUUGGAGACGAUGGUGUGAAACGUGCAGCGAUUGUUGCUUAUGUUGUUGAGAAUGGCUGGUUUUCUAGUCUUGCUACUGCACUAGUGAAUUACUUUGCAAAGCCUGUUGCUUCCUCUCCAUCAUCAUCAUCAUCAUUAUCGUCCUCGUCGUCUAAUGCUCACGUGGAUCACUUGUUACUGCUGAUAUUUAGGCCACUUGACAUUGCCCAGCAUUGUGACAUACAGCAGAGAUUGUUGAUAUACAAACAUUUGGCUUCUGACGUAUUCUCUCACUCUCCUCCUUCCAUCAGAUUGUUUUUAUUGUCAAGAAUCAAUUCAUCACAGUUUUUCAAUUUUGCAAGUUUACUUGAGGCAAUUGCACCUUUGUCUGAUUUACAGACAGAAAUAUCGAGUUUGACUGUCGACCCUACUGAAGUUUUGUUAGACUCAAUUUUGAUGUCAGGUGUAAAACACCUUGCUGGUUUGCCUGCCAAAGUGACUGUUUUGUAUCUCAUUGCUUUGUGCUCUCUCUUGCCUACUGCUGGUGUGGCAUCCAUGGCCGAUGAAGAAGAGGCCACAACAUCCUUCUUUCCUUCAAGCACACUGUGUGUGGACGAAGACGUGUGGGUCAGAAAACUCGACGACAAAGUGCACGUCGGUCAUCUCUUAUCGAUUGUAAACGGGGAGAUGCCGCUUGUUGCUGCGUUAGCAUUCACUCGUAUUUCAUAUUGGAUGAUGGUUGAUAAGAAACAGGCACCUCAUCAAAGCAACUUGCUCUCUGGCUUAAUGCACAACAGACACUUUAUUCGUGCCAUCUGGACUCACACCAUCAGUUGGUCAUCAACAUCACUUCUUGGCAGGGAAAUUCCCAUCAUCCAGCAGCUUUGCUGUGGCUCCCCUUUCACAAGCAAAGAGCUUGAAAUGACAACCAUCCUACUCACUGUAUUCUCCACUCUCUUCUAUCACUCACUCUUCUCACUGCAUGACGCAGAAUUCUAUGCAGAUCAAGUGACAAAUGGUGGAUCGAAGUUGUUGUUCAAUACGGGUGAGCUUGUUGAUGUCUCUGCUGUGUUGAGAGAUGUAGCGAUCGCUUUGUUGAGUGAUCAUGCAACGAAAGCGAAGAAACUGCAGUCAAGAUCGACGUAUCAGAUUGCAUCAACGUUGUUGCAUCGCGACUUUCAGUGGCUUACGAUGAGGGUAGUGCAGCUGCUCAAUCAGCUUUAUGCUCGUGAUUGCCGCAGACGUUAUUGUCCUGAUGACCACUGGUUAGCAAGGCAAUCUAGCAGCAGCCUCAAGCAGUUCAACAUUGAUGUAUUCUUUAAAGACUCGAGUGAGUGUCAAUUACGGUUUCCAUCCUCUCUUCAAAAUAUCGUACUUCUCACCAACAUUCCAUAUAUUUUUCCUUUCCAAGAAAGAGUCAAGUUGUUUUCUGAGAUUUUGACUCGUGAUCAAUUGGAGAAUGGAGGGGAGUUGGCAGACUUCAAUGUGGGAAUUAUGUCAGUGACGGCACGACGAGAUUGGGUGUAUGAGGAUGCAUUUGCUGCUUUAAAUGGAGAACAUGAUUUAAAGAAAACACUUCGUGUCCAGCUCGUUAAUAACCAAGGACUAUCUGAGGCAGGUAUUGACGGUGGUGGAAUUUUCAGAGAAUUUCUGUCUUGUGUAUUGAGAGCCGGCUUCAAUGUAAACCUUGGCCUAUUCUGUGCUAAUUCUCAGCGACAGUUGUACCCUAAUCCACAGGCCCAUCUUAUCCACGAGACCUUCACCAGUCACUACAACUUCCUGGGAAAGAUGUUGGCGAAGGCUUUAUAUGAGCGAAUGUUGGUUGAGUUACCGCUUGCUGACUUUUUUGUAUUGAAAGUGUUGGGAUAUGAUGUUGAUGUCAACCACCUGGCGUCACUUGAUCCAGAGCUGUACAGGAACUUAUUAUUUCUGAAAAGCUACGAAGGAGAUUUUGAUAGUUUGGCAUUGACCUUCUCAGUCAUCAAUGAUGUAGUUGGAGAGACCGAAGUGGUGGAACUAAAGCCUGGUGGUCAAGACAUUGCAGUGACGUCUGCUAAUCUGAUUGAAUACAUUCACUUAAUGGCAAAUUAUCGACUCAAUAAACAGAUCAACAAACACUGUGUGGCAUUUCAAGAAGGAUUUGUUAGUGUUGUUGAUCUGUCGUGGCUAAAAAUGUUUAGUCAUAGAGAGUUUCAGACCCUGAUUUCAGGCGCCGAAACCGAAAUCGACAUCAAAGAUCUAAGAAACAACACAAAAUACUCAGGAGGUUUCAACGAUGAACACGACUGCAUCCAAGCAUUCUGGAGGAUUGUAGAAAGCUUCACAGCCACAGACAAAGCUCAUCUACUUCAAUUCGUGACGAGCUGCUCCCGACCUCCGCUCCUCGGUUUCAAAGAAUUGUAUCCGCAAUUCGAGAUUCAUAGUGCGGGAUGGGAGGAGCGGUUGCCGACGGCGAGCACGUGUAUGAAUCUAUUGAAACUGCCGAUAUACAGAGACGAGGCGAUAUUGAGAGACAAACUACUGCAAGCCAUUCGAUCGAAUUCGGGUUUCGAGUUGAGCUAGCAGGUCAACAGGAGGUUGGCAUGGCAUGAGAAGAUAUAGAGUAUAUAGGAUACAGAGUGGGACUUUUAUGGUGAGAUGAUUGAUCGGGUUUAUAUCAAUCAUGAAGAGGUCCGGUUGCAAUGUAGCAAAUUAGAAACAUUUUUGUUGUGAUUUUGAUACAGUGUGGGAUGAGGAUGAGUUUGGUGCUGCAUGUUGAGUGAGUUGGUUUGUAUCUGGUGCUAGUGUGGAGGUGGUUGUACGUCCUGUUGUGGCCGACCGUACCCUCUUGUGUGUACAGUGUUAUGUUACUCUAAUGUAUGUACUACAUACAUGCAAUACUGUUGUUGUUUUAUUACAAUAUUUAAAU